UGCAUCAUCAUCUCUCAAUUAAGAACAAAUAGAAAUACAAUAAUAAUAGAAAAAUGAAAGUGCUCUUGGAUCCAGAUCUUCUGCUUUUCCUCUAUAAACAAAACAUGGGGUUCCCCCCUCUACAAUCCCAAGAAACUGCUCACUUGUGCUUUGCUCUCAGCAAUGCCUGCACCCCUAAGAAAUCCUAUACUUUCUCCUAAUAUCUUAUCCUUCACCCUACUUCUCUCAAUAAGCUCUCUUUUCUUCUAUUCUUCUUACUCCAUUGAUGUACAGGGUCAAGCUCUUCUGACAUGGAAGAAAACCUUAAACAACUCAACAGAAGCACUACGAUCAUGGAAUUCUUCAGACCAAAGUCCUUGCAACUGGUUUGGAAUACACUGCAACUCAAAAGGCGAAGUGGUCAAGAUAAGCUUGAAAUCAGUGGAUUUGCAAGGCCCAUUGCCUUCAAAUUUCCAACCUCUCAUGUCCUUGAAUACUCUCAUCCUCUCAUCAACCAAUCUCACGGGUAUGAUUCCAACAGAGUUUGGAGAGUAUCUCGAGCUGAGUCUUAUCGAUAUCAGCCACAAUUCGAUCACAGGAGUAAUCCCGGUGGAAAUUUGCAGGCUGAGCAAACUGCAGACUUUAUCACUCAACACAAAUUAUCUUGAAGGUGAGAUUCCUCCAAACAUUGGAAAUCUCUGGAGUCUUGUUUAUCUUACACUCUUUGACAAUCAGCUCAAUGGAGAAAUUCCGAAGAGCAUAGGACAAUUGAGCAAUCUUGAAAUCUUCCGAGCUGGUGGAAAUCAGAAUCUUAAAGGUGAGCUGCCAUGGGAGAUUGGAAACUGCACCAACUUGAUCAUUCUAGGCCUCGCAGAAACCAGCAUUUCCGGAAAUCUUCCUUUGUCAAUCGGAAAGUUGAGAAGGAUUCAAACCAUAGCCAUUUAUACAUCUCUAUUGACAGGUCCCGUCCCUGAAGAGAUUGGGAAUUGCAGUGAGUUGCAGAACCUCUAUUUGUAUGAGAAUUCAAUCUCUGGUCCAAUCCCAACUCGUAUAGGGGAGCUCAAAAAACUGCAGAGUCUGCUGUUAUGGCAGAACAGCAUAGUUGGCACCAUUCCUUAUGAGCUUGGAAGCUGCAUAGAGCUCACAGUCAUUGAUUUAUCAGAGAACCUGCUGACAGGCAGCAUACCCACAAGUUUUGGAGGCCUUUUGGGGCUUCAAGAGCUUCAGCUGAGUGUCAAUCAGUUGUCAGGUACCAUACCUUUUGAAAUCUCAAACUGCACAGCUCUUACUCAUUUGGAAGUCGACAAUAAUGAUAUUGCAGGAGAGAUUCCUGUUCUGCUAGGCAAAUUAAAGAGCUUGACUCUGUUCUUUGCCUGGCAGAAUAAGCUAACAGGCAAUAUUCCAGAAUCAUUAUCUGAGUGCGAGAGUCUUCAGGCUCUUGAUCUUUCUUACAACAAUCUCACUGGUUCAAUACCAAAACAGAUUUUUGCUCUGAAAAAUCUAACUAAACUGCUUCUUCUGUCCAAUGAUUUGUCGGGUUUUCUACCGCCUGAAAUUGGGAACUGUACAAGCUUGUAUAGGUUCCGAGUGAAUGACAAUAGGUUGACAGGUACUAUUGCAUCGGAGAUUGGAAAUUUGAGAAGUCUGAAUUUCAUUGACAUGAGCAACAACCAAUUCGCAGGAGGAAUUCCUCGCUCAAUAUCUGGAUGCAUAAGCCUCGAGUUUCUCGAUCUCCAUUCAAAUGGACUCUCUGGUUCUGUGCCUGAUACACUGCCCAUAAGCCUACAGUUUUUGGAUAUUUCAGACAAUAGACUUGCCGGUCCAUUGGCUCCGAGUGUUGGUUCAUUAACAGAAUUAACCAAACUUAAUCUUGGAAAGAAUCAACUUUCUGGCAUAAUUCCAUCAGAAAUUCUCUCCUGCAGUAAGCUGCAAUUGCUAGAUCUCGGAAACAAUGGUUUCUCGGGUGUUAUACCCAAAGAAUUGGGUCAAAUUCCAUCACUGGAAAUCUCUCUCAACCUCAGUUGUAACCAAUUUAGUGGUGAGAUCCCAACUGAGUUCUCUGGGCUUAGCAAAUUAGGAAUCCUUGACCUCUCCCACAAUUUGCUUACGGGGAACUUAGACAUUCUUGCAAGCCUUCAAAACCUUGUCUCCCUCAAUGUGUCCUCCAACGAUUUUUCUGGUGAUCUGCCUAAUACCCCAUUCUUCCGUAAGCUCCCUCUUAGUGACCUUGCCGGUAACCAAGCUCUAUACAUCUCCGGUGGGGUUGUAACUCCGGCAGACAGAAUCGGACCUUCUCAUUCCAAAUCAACAAUGAAGUUAGCAAUGCCAAUCCUCGUUAGUGCAAGCGCAGUACUGGUACUUCUAGCCCUUUACAUGUUAGUAAGGACCCAUUUGGCUAAUAGAAGGUCUACGGAAGGUCACACUUGGGAAAUGACAUUUUAUCAGAAAAUGGAGUUCUCCAUUGAUGACAUAGUCCGCAAUCUAACGUCAGCUAACGUGAUCGGCACUGGAAGCUCUGGAGUUGUAUACAGGGUGACAAUUCCGAAUCGGGAAACACUAGCUGUGAAAAAAAUGUGGUCAUCAGAAGAAUCCGGAGCAUUCAGCUCAGAAAUUCAGACUUUGGGUUCAAUCCGACACAAAAACAUUGUUCGCCUUUUGGGAUGGGGUUCGAACCAGACUUUGAAACUGCUUUUCUAUGACUACCUUCCUAAUGGAAGCUUGAGUUCACUCCUUCAUGGUGUCGGGAAGGGAGGAGCAGAAUGGGAGGCUAGAUAUGAUGUUGUACUCGGUGUGGCGAAUGCGCUUGCGUAUUUGCACCAUGAUUGUGUGCCUGCUAUCAUGCACGGGGAUGUCAAAGCCAUGAACGUGUUGUUGGGUCCUCACUUAGAACCUUACCUUGCUGACUUUGGGCUGGCAAGGCUUGUCAAUGGCAGCAGUGAAGAUGCUUUGUCAAACCAGAGUCCGAGGCCUCACCUUGCUGGUUCCUACGGAUACAUGGCUCCUGAACAUGCUUCAAUGCAACACAUCACAGAAAAGAGCGAUGUGUACAGUUAUGGUGUGGUCCUUUUGGAAGUCCUGACAGGAAGGCAUCCGUUGGACCCAACAUUGCCAGGAGGUGCACAUUUGGUCCAGUGGGUUCGCAACCAUUUGCACAGUAAGAGAGAUCCAGUUGACAUUCUUGAUCCUAAGCUAAGAGGGAGGGCUGACCCUCAGAUGCAUGAGAUGCUGCAAACACUAGCUGUUUCAUUCCUCUGCGUGAGCCCACGCUCUUAUGAUCGUCCCAUGAUGAAGGACGUUGUGGCCAUGCUAAAAGAAAUCCGACACGUCGAUCCUAUAAGGUUGGAGCCAGACUUGUCAAAGGGAGGAUUGUCAGCUCUUCCCCCAUCACUGCCCACUAGAAAUGCGGUUUCCCAGGGAUCCUCUUAUUGCUCGUUUGCAUUCUCUGAUGAUUCAAUUUGACCAAGUUUUCAAUGAGACAUCAAAGUUAUGUUGUGCAUUUGUGCAUAUUCCACAGGAGAAUUCACUAGACCAGUGCAGAGAUAGUAUUGAUUCCAGUAAAAAGAGUGAAUUUUGAAGUCAAUCUGGUGGUUGUAGAUUAAAGUAGCUAAUGUAUUAACAUAGUUUUGACCCAAGUGAAAAAUUUGUAAUAAUAAUAGUAGUUUCUGAGGCAAUGAAGCUUGAAAAAACCCCCCGGGGGGGGGGAGGGGUUGCUUGAAAUUUCUUUGAUGACUGCCAAUACAGGUGGCAGCAGUAUCAUGUAGUGAAACAUGGAUUGUUUAACUGUCUAUAUCUUGGGAUUGAGAGAUUGUAAGGAUAGGGUAUGUAGAAGCUGGAGCAAUGAUUGGUGGUUUUGGACUUAUAUCUUGG